AUGAUAAGAUAUAAUCUACAAAUACUUGGUUUAAGUGAAGUGCGUAGAAAUGGUUUUGGCGAACUGAGAACGUCCAAAGGCCUAACUCUUCUAUACUCCGGGAAGGAAAAGGAGGAUGACGACCUUGAAUAUGGCGUCGCUUUCCUCCUCUCUAAUUCCGCAAAGAAAAGUCUUUUGGACUGGAAACCGAUCUCAGACCGAAUCAUUUGGGCCCGCUUCAACUCAAGAGCACGGAAGAUCUCCAUUGUGCAGUGUUACGCUCCCACCAACACGUCUGCGGAAGACAUCAAGGAUGACUUUUACAACGCUCUAAAUGCCACACUUAAAGGUAUUAAGAAACAAGAUAUUGUGAUCGUCAUGGGAGACCUUAACGCAAAAGUGGGAAGCGAUAACAGUAACUGUGAGCGCAACAUGGGCAAACAUGGACUCGGAGUACGGAACGAGAAUGGUGAACGGUUUAUAGAGUUUUGCCAACACCAUGACCUGACCAUCGGUGGGACACUUUUUAUUCAUAGAGAUGUACAUAAGUACACAUGGAACUCCCCUGAUGGCUCCACGAAAAACCAAAUUGACCACCUUGCGAUCAGUUCGAAGUGGCGCUCGUCACUCCUCGAUGUCCGAAACCGAAGAGGCGCUGAUAUUGACAGCGACCACCAUCUGGUUGUAGCCAAAAUGCGACUCAAGAUUGCAGUUGCGCGACUAGCUGGUGACUGGUGGUGGGAAGAAGGUUUGACGUCACUAAACUGCGAGAUCCUGAAAUUUUGA